CAUUAGCAGUCCGGCGAAGAAAAUUAUCGCCGCUCUCAUUGCGAUCAGAUUUAUACUGAAUAUUACUCUGAUGAAAGAUUGAAAUUUAUACUCAUUAGCGAUUGGAAGCCAUAUGUUCAUACAUAUCAGUCUCUUUGCGAGAUCGCAGGGUCACGGAACUUUGGCAGAAUGUCGGCGAAAGCCGCUCUAAAUCCAUCUUCUCUCUGGAAGGCCCCGUACAUAUUUUAAAUAAUAUAAAUAUACAUAUGAAAAUAUAGAAUCUCUUGGAAUUCCCAAUCUUUCUGUAGUAAUACUCAUAGUUGGUUAUCAGUGGAAAUGACACAUCAAGCUUAUGUUUUAAAUCGGCAUUAUAUUUUCAGAGAAUAUUUCUUUUCAUAGCACUCCAGAGAUUGGGGUGAAUUGGGUCUGGAGGGCGGUUUUUACUCCACCCUCGCCCGGAACGGGCACCCAAAAAACCGGGUCAAACACUAGCCAGGAUGUCAUGGCAACACAGCCAAUAAUUUCCUGGAGAGGGUGUGGUUUUUUUUUACUUUUCGUAAACAAAGCAAUCCUGGCAGAAAGUGCCGGACUUCAAGCGAGAAUAAAGCUGAAAGAAAUGAGUACGCGGAAUCUAAUGAUCACGGAUCUGGACCAUCCGGAUCCGGAGCAACAGCCGAAGCGAAACCGUAAGGUCCUGCAGACCCUGUCUGGCAACUUCAAUCGUCGGUCGCGUAGCGUGGAGGUCGAAGUAAAGCAGCGUCCGGAACUGCAACCACCCAAGGAUCGGAAAAAAGAUCGAUCCUCAUUGCUUCAGGCCAAGGAACAGCAGCUGGAGCAGCUCCUCCAAAGGCUGGCCACCCUGCAUCGCUACAACGACCAGUUUGCCAAGGAGAACGAGCAGCUGCGGACUGACAGCUCCGAAUUGGAGCGGCGCCUGGCCGAAGCCGAGCAGCGGGUGGCUAACUGCGCCCGCUGCCAGCAGUUGGGACAGCGCUUGGACACAGUUCUAGGACAGAACCGAUCACUGGGCGACGACGUGGACAUGUUAAAAACCUUGGUCUUUCGGUUAAAUGUCCAAAUAGAGAAUUACCAGGAUCAGCGACGCCACGGUGAAGAAGCGCCUCCACCAGGUGGUGCUCCAACAGCGUCGACUACUUCCACUUCCUGCCCGCCACUACCCACCCACACACUGGGACCUCUGCUGCAGGCCUACGACGAAUCCCUGAGGGACAAAAAUGCGCUGCUGGCACAGUACAACACUGAGUUUGAGCACUUUACGGGGGAGCUGAAGCGAGCUCUGGAGGAGAACACCAAGCUGCUCCAGACGCAAGAGCAACUACGACGAGACCUCGGCGGCUGGCGAGAGGAACGUGUCUGCCUCCAGGCUCAGCUCGGAGUAUGCCGCUCCAAAGCAGAAGCUCAGACCCGCAAGACCGACCUGGCUAAGGAGAAGCUGGUGGAGGUGAUGCACUGCUACGAGCAGCGCACCCAAACCCUGCUCUUGGACAUGGACCACCUGCAGGCGGCCUAUGCCCGCACAAAGUCGGAAUUGGCUGCUCUGAAAAGUGCUCCGCCUCCUGCUCCUGUUCAAAUUCCUGUACCUCCCCCUCCAGCUGCGCCUGUCGAGUCAGAGGCUGUGGUCCAGUGCAAAGCCCUCCUUGAGCAACUCCGGAAGGAGCACGCAAGGGAGCGAGCCUCUCUUCAGGAGCAACUGCAGGCCACCAACGCCCGAGCAGUUUCCUUGGCCCGCAGCACAGAGAAGGCUAAACACGGACGGGAUCGACUGAAGGCACGGCUACGAAUGGCAUUGCAGUGGGCUCAGAAGCUGGAAGCGGGCCAGGCGGAGGUGCAGGACACCUACGAGGUAGUUCGCCGUCUAGAGGUUCUCGUCCAGCACAAGGAGUCCCAGCUGCGGGGACUGCAUGCUCGGAAUGCCGAGGAGAUGGAUAAGCUGCGGCACAAGCUGCAGCAAAAGGACGAAACGAUUAAGACACUUCUUCGGGGCAAAAUGGAACGGAGGCCAGCAGUGGACUAGUUUUAAGUAAAAAUAAAUAACAAUUAAAAAUAUAUAAUUUCAAUACAAAAUACAUUAAUAACCUAAGAUUA